AUGGAGCUGCCUCGUAGUCUUGGGGAUCUACUGCCCUGGAAUGUGUCCCUGUUUGGCUACUUAUCUCCUGGGAAUGAUACCCUCUGGCGUCCACCUAUCCUGUCCAGUAGCCUCUUGCUGUCUACCCAUGAACCUGGCACCAUUGCUUUGGUGGUGAUGUACUCAGUCUCCUUUCUGACAGGCUUAGUGGGGAACAUCAUGGCUUUAAGGGUCUUGGGGUGCCGCAGGAGGAGAGGAUGUGGCAUCUCCAGGGUCUCAGGGACCAGGAACCUUCUUGUCAAUCUGGCUGUAUGUGACAUGAUGGUCAUUUGCAUCUGUAUGCCUAUCAACCUUGGCCACCAGGUACACAAUGCUUGGGUGUUUGGGGACUUCUUGUGCAGGGCUGUCCCCUUUGUCCAGGCUGUGUCUGUCUCUGCCAGCGUCCUCACCUUGGCUGUCAUCAGCCUGAACAGAUAUUACAGUGUUCAUCGACCAUUGCAUGCCAGGUCUUUCUUCACUACCAGGAAAAUAGUCCUGAUGAUCUGCUUUGUGUGGGUGUCCUCCUCUGGUCUCUGCAUCCCUCUGAUCUUCAUGAACAAGACUCAGAACCUGGUCCUCCUGCCUGGGAAACUGGCUGUUAUAAUCUGCACAGAGAGCUGGCCAAGUCUUCACAUGAAACUGAUUUACAACUUUUUGCUUUUUUGUGCACUUUAUGGUUUUCCAGUCUUAUUCAACCUUCUAAUCUGCUUCCUCACCAGCCGCCGCCUCUGGGGUAAUAGUGACGUUCUCAUUGACAACAACACCUGGUCCAAUUCUGGCUCCAGACUCAAAGUCCGCAGGAAAAUAGCCAAGAUGGUGAUAGCUUUGGUUCUUCUGUUCACCUUGUCCUGGCUCCCUCUGUAUGCUCUGGACAUAUGGAUAGACAUUAACAUGUCUUAUUCUCCCUCUAGGGACAAUCUGGGUCAUCUCCAACAUGAAUGGAUUCUCCAGGUGAGACCUUUUGCUCAAUGGCUUGGUCUCACCAACUCUGCACUAAACCCUUUGUGUUAUUGCUUUGUUGGUAACCUGUAUAGAUCUGCUAAAAGGUUUAGGAAUAGCUACAGAGAGAAAUUAGCUUCUGUUUUUAGUCUAUCGCUGACCCAAACCCCAGGGAACCCUUCUGGACUCACAUUGCUACAAUAUAGAACUUCCAAAGAGCAGAUGGAACCUCAGCUCACAAGAGGUAGGGUUUGCUCAAGGUUUGGUCCUGUUAAGAAGAAAAGAAGUGCUUCCUCAGUCACUAUCUGUGAGAAUAGCCCUGGUCCGCCUCAGUCUGACCCCCUGUGACAUUACUGAGAUAACAGGUGUAAGAUAAGCAGGGGGUAACUGUACGUCAAAGCUAUUCUGACCAUCACUGAUGAUAGCCUGCUUUAUUUAAAGGCAAGUCCCAUGGAAAAAAUAUUUGUCUCCUUGAGUAAAAUCCCCAGUGCUGUAGACAGUAAUAACCCCCAGCGCUGUAUAUAUUUUGGGUGACUUUCCCUGCUCAAACACCACACUGAGCUGAUGCUUUAUGGCAAUGCUAAUGAAGUCCGUUCCUCCAUAGACUUUCAUUAGUGAGAGUGUCCAUCUGGGUGACUAAGACCGCGUCAUUCUGUUUCUUACCACAGGCAGUAGGAUAAGGAGUCAGAGUGUUUGUCUAGUAGCUUGGGCUGAAAAAACAUUAUAUUAUGUAAAAACUAAAACUGUUUUGAAGAAGAAAACUCUGCAAUAUUUCUGAAAAUGUGUUUUUUUUUUUAAUACUGUGAUACUAGUAAUAAAAAGUGGUGGAGAUUCCCAGUUAAG